AUGGAGUUUCUCUCAGGAUAUGCAGCCGCCAGGGCUCCUCACGCCGCCUACCAAGUGCAACCGCAUCCUCCUCCCUCUCCUCGUUCAAAGGGGCCAGCGCGCGCCAAUUCGACGUCGGGAACAAGAACAAGUUCAACUAACAAGAGGCGAUCGCGCAUUCCGGGUCACGGUCACGCCAGGACCAGCAGCGCGGGAACAAGCAGCAGUCGCUCCGACGGCCACCCCCUGCUGCACAACGUUUCGUGGCCGCAAGCGCCGUCGCCGGCAGGGCUCGACGCUGGCGGGGCCGGAAUUGUCGACGGCGCGCCCGUAAUCGUGACAUCAGACUCGGCAGGCCAUGCGGGUCCGCGCGAUUCCGACCGGGAACGCAUGUCUGCCCCUGUCAACUAUUACCAGGACAAGCAGCUCCCUGCAACUCCCCGUCUAAAUACCCAGGCCGCUGCCGCUUCCGCUUCCGAGCCCGCAUCUGCGAGCGCCUCUGCGAGCGCCACCAGUUCGGCCACUUUUGGCAACCCCGCUACUGCAGGCGCCGGCUUCUCGGAUCGCCGAAUGCUCCAGCUCCAGCUUGCCGCCAUGUACCCCGAACUUAGUCUUAGCGCAAAGGUGCCGGGGAGCGCCGGCCUCCCCCGGGCUGAGAGCAUGUCCAGUGUCUCGGCCCACACGACGGCGAGCAACCGCACAAUGCCCUCGACCGAGCAGCAUCAAAGCGAGGCACCGGCAUAUCACCACCGCCCCUUUAUUGUCCGCAAUGGACGGACCUACUUCUCUGACCCCACCAUAGCAUAUCCCCUCCCGGUCGACCUGGAAGAGAUCCACCGCCAGACGCUCAAGACGAUGCUCCUGAUGCAGCUGCACGGCCGGCCGAUAUGCUCCCCGCGCUUCGCCAACAAACCGCCAUCGCGCAUCCUGGAAGUCGGCUGCGGAUCCGGGUUCUGGAGCAUGAUGUGCUACAGGUACUACGAAGCCCGCGGACAGCAUGCAAACAUGAGCUUCACGGGCAUGGACAUCGUCCCAUUCCCUCCCACGUCAGGCGGCCCCAAAGUGCCGCCAUCGUCAGCAGCGUCGGCAGAAGCGGAUACCAGACCGGAUAAGGACAUGAACUGGCACUAUGUGCAUCACGACAUCCGCAAACAGCCCUUCCCCUUCCCGGACAGCUCGUUCGAUUUCGUCAUGGUCAAGGAUAUGGGUCUGGCCUCCCCAUUGAACAUACAACAAGGCCUAAUCGACGAGUAUAUUCGCAUUCUCGAGCCUGGGGGGACGGUCGAGAUCUGGGAGACUGACCACACCAUUCGCAUGCUGAGACCGCACGUGCCGGACUCUGCCAGCACAGUAAUACCUGCUCCAACGCCCAUACCCACAUUUAACGCCGAAGAUCACAGGUCCAGCGACCACAAUAAUACCAACAACAACAACAGCAGCAACAACAACUCAGAAACAGACCAGCAGCAGCAGCACCCUAAUAAUAAACCAGGAGGAGGCUGCCCAGCCACCGAGGUCGGUGCCGCCUACCUCAUGACCCCCGGGACGCCGCUCAGCACGCCGACCAACAUGUACCUGGUCGAGUACAAUGGGUGGGUGGCCAAGGCGCUGGAGCAGCGCCUCCUCUUCGCCAUGCCCUGCACCGCCAUGGAGUCGGUGGGCAGCCGCCGGCUGGCGGUUCCCUUGUCCGAGGUGCGCUGGGAGCGCGAAGGGGUAGGAGGUGUGGUGACUAAGGACGGGAAAAGCUACAUUGAGACGGGCAAGGCCAAGCAGAGAUUGGCUAGUGGGGCGAGUAGUACGAAUAGUGGGAGUAGUGGUAGUGGCGCUGGUGGGGGAGGGGGAGGGGGGCCGUCGUUGGACCCGGCUGCUGCCGCGCUGAGGCAUACCGCACUCAUGACGGUCGUGGGCGAGAUACAGAGCUUGGAUCACAUACUUCGUGAGGUUAGUGGUAAGAGCCAGGACGAGUGGGAUGCCUGGAUGGGCAAGAUGAUGAAUGAUCUGGUGAGAGAGAAUGGGACUAGCUGGGGGGAGUGUCUGGAGGUGGGGGCCUGGUGGGCGAGAAAGCGGUGA